AUGGCUAAAAAAAUCAGUAAACCUCUGCAAGAAUCGCAAUUGCGCAAUAAAACGAAAACAAUCGCUUGGAUGGUCUCCCAUUGCAAGACUCACGGUCAACGUGAAAAAUACGUGGAGGAACUCCGCAAAUAUAUGGACGUCGACAUUUACGGGGCCGACUACACCCAGCACGCGCCACCCCAUUCCUACAUCGACGCCCUAAAAUACAAACCGAAAGAGUUGGCCGCUUAUCUGAAAAUACUCGACGCCGACAACGCCCUAUACAACGAAUAUUUCUGGUGGAAGGAUCACUAUCGAGUUGAGUUCAUCUCGGAGUACACAUCACGUCACGGUUUCUGUGGUCUCUGUCAAAAGUUACAUGAUAUUCAAACUCAAUUUAAAUCCUUUGCUGAUCAAAGAGUGAUCUCUGAUUUGGGUGAUGACAGCAAAUGUCAACCCAUUGAUCCUAAUUUGGUAGCAUAA